UAUAGCAAGAUAAAAUCUAGUCACACAAUGAGCACAGGCAAAGUUACAGGCAUGGUGGCUAUCGUCAUCCUUCUCCUUGUGUCCCCCGCUGCUGGUUCCAGGGACACAGGUCCAAUACCAGGCGAACCAUCCAGCCUGAACUCCUGGUUCCAAGCCAAUGUCAAGCCCUACACACAACGUAAUGGCACCCUAGACCCUGCCCUUGAAACUGCCGAAGCUAAACCGAAAACCAUUAUGGUCAGAAAAGAUGGAAGUGGUGAUUUCAAAACCCUGACCAGCGCUGUUAGAAGUAUUUCGUCGGGGAAUACUCAACGUGUAAUCGUCGAUAUCGGUUCCGGAGUCUACAAUGAAAAGAUCCAAAUUGAUAAAGGAAAGCCUUUCGUUACGUUUAAAGGAUCGGCUAGGAGCGUGCCAACCUUGACUUUUGCUGGCACGGCUAGGGUAUACGGAACUGUUUAUAGCGCCACCUUGCAAGUUGAUUCUGAUUAUUUUGUAGCUUCUAAUAUCAUUAUUAAGAAUUCUUCGCCGAGGCCGAGUGGGAAAUUGAAAGAACAGGCAGUUGCUUUGAGAAUUGGUGGAGACAAGGCUGCUUUCUAUAAUUGCAGACUCGUGGGGUUUCAAGACACGUUGUGUGAUGACAAGGGACGCCAUUUUUUCAAGGAUUGUUACAUUGAAGGCACUGUUGAUUUCAUUUUCGGAAGCGGAAAGUCCCUGUACUUGGGAACGGCGAUAAAUGUACUAGCAGACCAAGGAUUGGCAGUGAUCACUGCACAAGCAAGAAAUAAAGAAGAUGAUACUGGAUUUUCUUUUGUUCAUUGCAAAGUUAAUGGAAUUGGCAAGGGGGCAUUUUUAGGACGUGCAUGGACAGAAAGACCUCGGGUGGUGUUUGCUUUCACUGCCAUGAGUAGUGUGGUCGACCCUGGUGGAUGGUCCGAUAAUCAGCACCCUGAACGAGAUAGGAUUGUUUCAUUUGGAGAAUACAAGUGCAAGGGGCCAGGAUCUAACCCAAGUGGCCGUGUUAAAUUCAGCAAGCAGCUAACCCCCCAGCAAGUGAACCCCUUCCUCUCCCUUGCUUAUAUCGAAGGUUCCAAAUGGCUGCUCCCUCCUCCAAAUUAAGGUGGCAGAGUGUUUAUUUCUAAUUAGAGCAUAGAGGAUAUUUAAAUAUUCAUGAAAAUAAUAAUAACACGUAUAUAGAGAACUUAUUAAGUAUAACAGGCCAGAUCAAGAGGCAAGAGAUAUAGGAUAGUGUGCUCGUAGCAACUGAAAUAUUAUGGAAUAGCAGAGAAACCGGAAGAAAAAAGAUCGGAUUCUAUUAUUGAUCCAAGUACAGUUUUCUCACUAGCCAUGAAAAGUUAUUAAUUUAUUAUAUGAUUUUAUGUGUUUCCAUUAAUUAAUAAAGCAUGGUUUAGAGC